UUUUUUUCUUUUCUUUCUAUUUCUGUUUGAUACUGAUUAUAUAAAAUGUUGAAUCCAUUAGCUCAUGAAUUUACUCCUAUCUCCUCAUUCCAGCCUUCUGAACAACCUGACAUGAAAAAAAAUAAAAAUCUACCGACAAAAAAACAAAAAGAACAAAAAGUGAAAAAGAAAUCGAUUGCUACUACUAACAACAUUCCCGUCAGUCCAAGUAGUAAAGCUGAUAAAGCAAAGUCAGAAAAUCCCUCAUCCAAAAAAAAGAAGAAGAAUAAAGAUUUGCAGGCAAAUCAAUCAAAACGGAAAUCAACACACACUAAUCAACAAAGAUCAUCCGCAGCAUCAACUCAAGAUCCUUUUGCAGAAGAAUGUAAAUUUAUAACUAUUGAAGCAGCUAUUGAUCCUAUUCAUCGAAUUGAAACUAUACAUGGCAGUAAUCAUACAACUAGUAGUAGUAGCAGUAGUAGUAGUAAUAGUAAUAAAUAUUUGCUUGAACAUGGAUAUAAACGUUAUAUUGACUGGAUUGAUCGUUCAUUAAAAGCAUUUGAUACAAUUACUUUAGUUGGAAUGGGCAAUGCAGUAGUAGAUGUUGUAUCAUUAAUAUCAAUUCUACAGGAUCGUAAGAUAGGAACGCAUGAUGAUGUUGAAACAUUUAUCGGAAUAAAUAAUAUUAUUUCAGCUUAAGUAACUUACUAGAAGACGACGACGACGACGACAAUAGUAGUCUAAGUAGUGAUAGUAUUAAUAGUGAACAAGAUAGCAUGAAUCAUAUACAAUAUAAAGUAAUAGAAAAUACCCCUUUUACAACCACAACCACUACUACUACUAUGGAUUUAGAAAAUGGUG